AUGUCAACUUGCCCUCGAUCCAGCCUGACCAGGGUCGACCAUCCUCGCUCUCGCUGCUUCACACCGCUCUCACAGCUCCAAAGUUCGCUAUCUCUCGGACUGAACAUCAAAAGCUCUCCGUCGCAUCCUACCACUCGGUACCCGCAACCUAGCCGUCACUCGCCCACCAUGCCACCCAAAUCCCGCUCCACAACCUCCAAAUCCGCCUCGUCAACCAAACUCGGUUUCAGCAGUUCGAAGAAGAGCGCUGCAGCGGGUGGGAAGGGAGCGAAAGAGCCCGCGACGAAGAAGGUCAAGCUUGAGAGGAAGAGGAGUGGGUUGGAGGGGUUGUAUCCGAGGUUGUAUAGGGAGGCGGUGAGGAAGAUGGGCCCUGCUAUCCACCGCGACGAGAUGGACGACAUCGAGAUUAUCUUGCGUGUGUUCGAUGCGGACGAGGAGUUCGGACCGUGCAGCAGGAUCAGCCGACUUGAGCGAUUCGAGCGCGCCGAGAAACUCGGUUUGCAGCCUGACCCCGAAAUCGGCGAGAUCCUCCGUUCGGAGGCAGCGAAGAACCGGAAGGAAUACAGCGAGAGCGUCUUCCAGAGUGGUCUGAAGUUCUCGUCGCUGGCUCGACACCGCUCGGACGCUUAA